AUGUCGACUUCAUUGGGUGUUGCUCUUGUUACUGGAGCCGGGCGAGGACUUGGCCGCGCUAUUGCCCUUCGUCUUGCGAAAGACGGGUACGACGUUGCUUUGAACGAUCUCGCCCCCAACAAAGCGCUACUCGAACAGCUUGGAACCGAGAUAGCGAGCAGCGGGAGGAAGUUCGCCAUCGUUCCCGCUGAUGUUACUUCUGAAGCGGACGUAAAAGGUAUGGUCGAACAAACGGUGAAGGAUCUAGGAGGAGUUGACGUGAUGAUUGCAAACGCGGGGAUUGUCAUGAUGAAGCCCCUAUUGGAUGUUGAAGUAUCCGAGUGGGAUAAAGUACAAGCAGUCAAUGGUCGGGGAACGUUCCUGUGCUACAAGUAUGCAGCAAAGCAAAUGGUGACCCAAGGUCGUGGAGGACGGAUAAUAGGAGCCUCGUCACUUGCUGGAAAACAAGGGUGGUCUCACCUUUCAACGUACUCGUCCAGCAAAUUCCUUGUACGUGGACUCACUCAAGCGGCUGCCGCUGAACUGGCACCACACAAAAUAACUGUCAAUGCAUAUGCACCUGGAAUUGUUGACACGGCGAUGAAAAAAGUCCUCGGAGAGUCCUCCGGGGACGAAGAUGCAUUUUUCAAGGGUUACUCUGAUCGCGUUCCUGUUGGAAGAUUCGGAGUUUCAGACGAAAUCGCCGGCUUAGUGUCCUACUUGGUAUCAAAAGAAGCUUCGUAUAUUACAGGUAUGUGUAUCUCUAUAAAUGGUGGGAUAUUCUUCGAUUGA